UCAUAUUCUGUGGACUUGCUAAUCUUACAUGGCGUAAUAGAAAUGUGAGAAGCACGAUGUGCGGGCGCAAGGAGUCAACACAUUCAAAAUUUGGCGCGGUUAAAAUAUUUAUGUAAUUUGAAAUUUUCUUUGAUAAAAUGAUUUUAGUCUGUUUUGAACUUUUGAACGUUUCAGCUUGAUGAAAGACGUAUAAGAAAUAAGAAGAAAACAUGGCUAUGAACUCAAGCGAGUGGGAAUUAAGCAAAGAAAACGUACAACCUAUAAAGCAGGGCCGAAAACUUCCUAACUUAACUAUGGCGUUGACGCCAAGUGGUUCAAAUAUAUCAGACCCUUUGUACUGGAAGAUGCAAAAAGACAAGCAAAGUUUUGAAGCUGAAAUUCGAACAUAUGAAGGAGAGGAUUUUUUGGAUGUAUGGUAUAGGUACAUUUUGUGGACUGAGGAGCACCAACCAAAAGGUGGACGUGAAAUACCAAUACUUCUUGAGAGAUGUAUCAGAAAUUUUCAAGAAGAAAACAAAUAUCACAAUGAUGAACGCUUUCUGAACAUUUGGUUAAAAUAUAUUGAUUAUAGCACAGAUCCAUGUGACAUAUUCAACUAUCUUCACACAAAACAAAUGUUUUCUCGUCAAGCACUGUUGUAUGUUUCCUGGGCAUCAACAUGCGAGAACAUGGAGAACUUUCAAAAGGCUGAUCAAGUAUUAAUCCUUGGCAUUGAAAGAGCUGCUCAACCACAAGAAAUGCUUCAAAAAUAUCACAAUGGAUUUCAAUAUAGACUUGCUGCGUAUAUCAACAAUUUAUCAGAAGACGGAGAAUCAAAUGCGUUCGGGCAAAAUAACGAGUCAAGGAAAAUUUUAGGUUUCCUAAAGACGGCUGACAAAAAACGUACGACGAUAGUGAAUCGCGGACAAUCAUCUCAAAAAACUGAGCAGCUAAAAUAUAAUGGUAAUAAAACGGAAAAGAAAGGUCUUGGCUUUACUGUACUUCAAGAAAACGAAGCUCCGACAUCUUUACUUCCUGACGGUUGUGCUAAUGACUGGAAGGAAGCUCCAACACACAGUAUAACGAGUAAAGAAAAUUUUGCUAAGCCAGGAAAAUGGAGCGGGGACCGCCAGUUACGUAGAAAACCACCAAGUAAAGUAUCUUCCUUUGUUUGUCCUACUUCGACGAAACCACCAUUUCAUAUUCAUGUGGAGGAUAAUGCUGAUCAAGUUGGUCAAGUUCCUCAGACUGUUUUUGGUACAAAAGUUUUAUCAGAAAGAAAGUCUGAUGUGGAAACAUCCAACGAUCCACUAAAGGCAAUUUCAAACUCUUCUGAAAAUUCUAACUCUACAAUGGAGAGAUGUAGAUACGACAAGUCUAAAGUAUACACUGGUGCAGGAGAAUUUCAGUUUGAGGAGAUUCGUGCCGCGAAGUACUUUGAAAAAUUGAGGCGAGGGCAAAUGUUGAUCAAGGACAUUAACAAAUCCAAACGCGAAAUGAACCAACCUUCAAAACCUGUAAAGAUGGAACGCGUUAUGUACCCAAAACAGGCGGUCUACGCUUACGAAGGUGAAUUCCAACCGGAGGAAUUAAGGGCAAGGCUUUAUUACAAACGUGAUGGACGCUUCGUAUCAAACACAUGCCGACGGUCAGUCAAAAUUCAAAAUGAUUGCGAAAACGAUGUAAAUGUUGAGUUCGUGUCUGAAAUCCCAAGGAGGAGUGACCUUCGACAUGAAAGUGAUCUCCCUACGCCGCACAUUUCUGACGAUUUACCACCAAGUGAGAAUGAGAAUUGCAAUAUUAUUAGCUAUGAUCAAAAAUGUGCCCUUAUUUUGCCCAACUCGAAACAAAAAAUCCAAAUUUAUGAAGAUAACGAAGAAACUGUUCUACAUGCUUCUAAGAACGUCACGCAGCCUUCUGAUCAUCAUGAAUCUUCGUUGCUGUCACAGAAUGUUUUGCCUUCUCUUACUUCUUGUGGAAGAAAAGAUGUAGAAAAAAAUUUUCCUACUAAUGAUCUCCCGUGUAUGGAUAAAGAGAACAUGGUUUUUAGUGCUAGGAACUCGACUUGUAACCAGAUUAAAAACAUACCACCUCCCACUAACGUUCCUAAUGAUGAAAAUAUUCCUCCUGGUAGUCAAUGUACGCCUUUGAGCAACCCACCUCCCACUAACGCUCCUAAUGAUGAAAAUAUUCCUCCUGGGAUUCAAAGUACGCUUUUGAGCAACCCACCUCCCACUAACGCUCCUAAUGAUGAAAAUAUUCCUCCUGGAAUUCAAAGUACGCUUUUGAGCAACCCACUUCCCACUAACGUUCCUAAUGAUGAAAAUAUUCCUCCUGGGAUUCAAAGUACGCUUUUGAGCAACCCACUUCCCACUAACGUUCCUAAUGAUGAAAAUAUUCCUCCUGGUGUUCAAAGUACGCUUUUGAGCAACCCACCUCCCACUAACGUUCCUAAUGAUGAAAAUAUUCCUCCUGGGAUUCAAAGUACGCUUUUGAGCAACCCACUUCCCACUAACGUUCCUAAUGAUGAAAAUAUUCCUCCUGGGAUUCAAAGUACGCUUUUGAGCAACCCACUUCCCACUAACGUUCCUAAUGAUGAAAAUAUUCCUCCUGGGAUUCAAAGUACGCUUUUGAGCAACCCACUUCCCACUAACGUUCCUAAUGAUGAAAAUAUUCCUCCUGGGAUUCAAAACAUAAACGGAGAAAAUAAUGCAGAGUUGGGAGUGAAAAAUGAAUGUAGUUUGUCCGCGCCAAUUAUGGCGGCUGUUGAUACAAAUGAAGAAUUAUCAAAUUUUGAGGCACUAAACCUUGACUGCGGUGCUGCUUCUAUGGUCAGCAGUAGUUUUCCUGAAGAAAACAACUGUCCUCCAUUAAAGACAGAUGAUUAUGACAGUUUAUGGGAUGAACAGAACGAAAUAAAAAAUGGGUUGUGUGCCACUGGAAGAAAGGUUGUGGAUGAAAUUAGGAAUCAAACACGUAGAAGCAGUUGUAUGGCGACACCAAAGCACACGUUUUUCAAACCAGACAUGACAGGCCCUUCGCCAACGCUGACGACAAAGCAAGCAUAUGCUGACGUCAUGCCAUGGUUCAACACUACUGUGGGACUAAACAAUAGUGAAGAUGAAUUUGAGAACCAAUUUAGAAAAAAAGAAGAGGACGAUCAAGAUGAAGAUAUAGAAUGGGGCGGUGAUCCAUUUGGUCGUGGAGUUAUUCCAUUUACACGAGAUGAUUUUCCCCGUAACGAGGAAUUUCUUCAUGAAAAUGACGAGAAUGUAGCCUUUGAAGUUGACGCUGUAGUGUUGGAAAAAGAAUCUAAGAAUAUAUUUGAUGAGGAUACGACGUGUGACACUGCGUUGAGUCAUUCUGAAUUUACCAUCUCUGCACGGCUUGCAUCUACACCUUUUAUAAAGAAUAGCACCCAACAACCGGAAUGGGAUCAUAUCAAUUGUAGCCAUAUACCGCCACCAGACAAUAAAUUGACGGCCGUCGGAUCAGAACAGGGUGGAGAAGUUGUUUUGUACAAUAAUAAUUGUACCAAGGGUCUUAGUCCCAUACUUGAACGAAGUGAUGAACAUUCAAAAACGUCAUCAUCUAAAGGAUCGAAUACAUGUGUUGAAGAUCCAUUAAUGAGCGAGGCGACAGUCAGCAAGACAAGCGACAUCACUGUUCAUAACAUUAAUGGUAGCGUGUUGACUAAAAUAAAUCCAUUCGACCCAGUAGUAUGUAAUGAACUACUGUCACGACUACCACAACCUGUCUCUUCGUUUCCUGGCUAUUUCUCGCUUAUUGAUGACACUCUAGAAAAAUUUAACUCCAACAAGACUGUCAAAAUAGGUGAUAAUUUGUUCAAAGUGAAAGCUGUUGUUGGCAGUGGUGCCCAUGGUAAAGUUUUCACGGCCAACAGAUUAAAUGAAAACGAUCCAACUGUUACAAUUUCUGGCACAGUUGCUUUGAAGGUGCAACGACCUGCAAACGAUUGGGAGUUUUACAUUUGUUCUACGCUUCAUACACGUUUGACGGCUAGCAAUACUUCUCACCUAGAGGAUUUUGUGAACAAGUAUAAAGAAGAAAAUUUGAUUACAGAAGAAGUUGCGUUACAUUACGCCGUGGAGAUGAUGAGAGUUCUUAAUACUGUCCAUGAUUGUGGAAUAAUUCAUGGAGACGUUAAGCCCGAUAACUUUAUAAUUCUCUCUGAUGAUGGGGAUACUGAGCAAGUUAUAGUGAAGCUAUGUUUGAUCGAUUUUGGACGCUCGAUAGAUAUGCGUCUUUUUCCUCCUGGCACGCGUUUUUCUGUCGAUAACAACACGGACUCCUUCGAAUGUAUAGAGAUGAAAACGGGGCGACCGUGGACAACGCAGGUUGAUACGUACGGUAUGCUGUGCAGUUUACACUGCUGUAUUUUUGGACAGUACAUGAAGGUGCUUAAGGACAAAAGAUCAGGAAAAUGGAAUAUAGUUAAAAGUUUCCAACGUUCGUGGAACAGGUCAUUAUGGAACAAAUUAUUCGACACGUUUCUUAAUGUUCCAAGUUGCGACGAACUGCCAUCUCUCUCAGACAUGUGCCAAGAAUUUUGUCAAUAUCUUGAUCAUUUAAAGAGUGAUGUUGGCUGCUAAUCUUAAAUGGACGCUCGUUAUAACAUGAAGUUCAAAUACUUACGCGGUGAUCUUGACUUGAUGCUUCAUUAUGGAAAUUUAUAAUUAUAAUUUUUUGUUACAGUUUUGUUGUUAGAUAGCACCUCGAAAUUUACUUUUUCAACUGUCAAUGUAAUCUUACGACAUGUUACUGUUAGUUCAGGUCCACUUCAAAAUUCAUACGAACAAUAUCUCUAUGUUGGUCAAAACAUUUCGACAUUUUUAUGACGUUGAUUGUGAUCAUUAUUAUCAUGUAUUCAAAGGCUAUAAUGUGCUGAAAUAAAAUGAUAAGUUUCAGCAAAAAA